AUCAGGAUUUUCAGGGUAUUUUAUAUUUCUGUAGUACGGUCCCACUAAAUCCAUGCGUCCCUGCAAUCGAAAAUAACGGCGCGAAUUAGCGUCAGCGUCGCUUCUUGAGUAUCAAUAUCAAUAUUUGAAUUGGAAGUUUGAAGAGUACAUAAUUUAAUAUCUGUUUAAGUCAAAAAGAAACCUCUGCCAAAUGGAAUCGCGAUUGCCUAAACCAAGUGGCAUCAAGCGGCCCAUGCCGGUGAAAACUGUGCUACCCACAGAUCGCAUUCGAGCAGGAGGUACUGCACCCGGUGCAACUGCAGGAGCCAGCGUGUUCAAUGCCAACCAGACCUAUUGCGGAAAUGUGCUUCCACCGCUUACGAGGGAUCUUAACAAUUUGCCUCAAGUGCUCCAACGUCGAGGCGCUCGUGCUGCCUCUCCGGAACCUGUAAAAAUGGCCAAUCGUGCCAAGCUGCGACGCAGCCGUUCAGCCUGCGACAUCAACGAGAUGCGUCAAAACAUCAAACGGACGGCAGCUCCUCCUACGCUUCCAAGUAUUCCAAGCAAAGUGUCGCGCCUUGGCACCGGGACAGCAGCAGCUCCUUCCCAGCGACCAGUUCGGCCAGCCCUUGCUGCGACCGCUAACUCUUCGUCUACAACUGCAAAAAGACCGGUUACAUCGCGACCCGUCUCUCGACCAGCUGCCCCACCCGCUACGGCUGCUAAGAGUAAACCUACAGGAUCAGCCGCAGGAGGAGGAGCUGCAGGAGCUGCUCCCAAACGUAUAGCACCGUAUGACUUCAAAGCCCGCUUUCAUGAUUUGCUGGAAAAGCACAAAACCCUUAAGACCAAGUACGAAAAACAAAUUGAGGACAUGGGUGAGCUGGAAUCACUUCCCACUCAACUGGAAGAAACGCAGAAUAAGCUUAUCGAGACAGAGUCUACACUGAAAAAUGUGCAGACCGAUAACGAGUGCUUACAGAGGCAGGUGAAGCAGCACACUAAGAACAUAGAGACAAUAACCACAACGUUGGGAAGAACGAAGGAGGAGCUCUCAGAGCUGCAGACAAUACACGAGAAAAUCAAAACCGAGCACGCUGCUCUGAGCAAAGAAGUUGUGUAUCUGCGACAGCGCACGGAGGAACUGAUACGCAGUAACGAACAGCAGGCUUCCGAACUGGAAACAUGCAAGGAGCAGCUCUUUCAGUCGAACAUGGAGCGCAAGGAGUUGCACAACACAGUUAUGGAUCUACGCGGCAAUAUAAGAGUUUUCUGUCGAAUACGUCCACCGCUGGAGUGUGAGGAGAACCGCAUCUGCUGCACCUGGACCUACCAUGACGAGGCCACUGUGGAACUCCAGAGUAUCGAUGGUCAGGCCAAGAACAAGAUGGGCCAGCAAAUUUUCUCCUUUGAUCAGGUCUUUCAUCCCAACUCUAGCCAAACAGACAUCUUUGAAAUGGUAUCGCCUUUAAUUCAGUCGGCGCUCGAUGGGUACAAUAUAUGCAUAUUUGCCUACGGGCAGACGGGCAGUGGAAAAACAUAUACGAUGGACGGUGUGCCGGACAGUGUGGGCGUCAUUCCACGCACUGUCGAUCUUCUUUUCGACUCGAUCCGAAGCUAUAGAAACUUGGGCUGGGAGUAUGAGAUCAAGGCCACCUUCCUGGAGAUAUACAAUGAGGUGUUGUACGAUCUACUGAGCAACGAGCAGAAGGAUAUGGAGAUCCGAAUGGUUAAGAAUAGCAAGAACGACAUAUACGUGUCCAAUAUAACGGAAGAGACCGUUCUCGAUCCCAAUCAUCUCCGCCAGUUAAUGCACACGGCCAAGAUGAACAGGGCUACAGCCUCAACGGUCGGAAACGAGCGAUCAUCUCGUUCCCAUGCCGUGACAAAACUCGCGUUAAUUGGACGCCAUGCCGAGAAGCAAGAGAUCUCGGUGGGUUCAAUCAACCUGGUCGAUUUAGCCGGUUCCGAAUCCCCUAAGACUAGCACCCGUAUGACCGAAACGAAAAACAUAAAUCGCUCGCUCUCCGAACUGACCAACGUAAUCCUAGCGCUGCUGCAAAAGCAAGACCACAUUCCGUACCGGAACUCAAAGCUGACUCAUCUCCUUAUGCCGUCGCUGGGCGGUAACUCCAAGACACUCAUGUUCAUCAACGUGUCACCUUUCCAGGACUGCUUCCAGGAAUCGGUGAAGUCGCUUCGCUUCGCUGCCUCCGUCAACUCUUGUAAAAUGGCCAAGGCCAAGAGGAACCGCUACCUUAACAACUCGGCCGCCAACAAUAGCUCGCAGAGCUUAAACAGCGGAAGUUUUGAAAAAUAACUAACGUUUGAAUUAAUCUUUUAAUUUUUUAUAAUCUUGCAAAUUUUGUAAAUUUUCUAUCUUUCUGUUAUCUCUUAAUUUAUAAAGUUACGUUAAGUGGAAAAUAAACUAAUAAAGUGCUGAGACUUCUGGCGAUCUCACUCACUUA